AUGAGUUCGCAUGGUGAGGAAAUCGAAGAAGAAGAACAAAUAUCAAGAACUGAAAAGGGCAUAGGAUCAAGAACUGAAAAAGGCACAGGCAAAAAUUGCCAUGGAGGAAUUGAGACAGUCAUUUGUACUUCUCCUAGCAUUGUUUGCCUUACCCAAAAGUUGAUAGCAGAGAUGAUCGGGACAUAUUUCGUAGUGUUUUCGGGAUGUGGAGUGGUGGUAGUGAAUGUGUUGUAUGGUGGUACAGUGACGUUUCCGGGAGUAUGUGUAACUUGGGGUCUCAUUGUUAUGGUCAUGAUUUACUCUACCGGUCACAUCUCCGGUGCACAUUUUAAUCCAGCCGUCACCUUCACUUUCGCAAUUUUCCGGCGAUUUCCUUGGUAUCAGGUACCAUUGUACAUUGGUGCACAACUUGCCGGGUCGUUACUAGGGAGUUUGACACUGAGACUAAUGUUCAAAGUCACACCGCAAGCUUACUUCGGAACAACUCCGGCUGAUUCGGCCGUACGAGCGCUCGUUGCAGAAAUCAUUAUCUCAUUCCUCCUCAUGUUUGUUAUCUCCGGCGUCUCCACCGAUAGUCGUGCGGUCGGAGAAUUAGCUGGAAUUGCGGUUGGAAUGACUAUAAUGUUGAACGUCUUCGUGGCCGGGUAA